AUGAUUCCGAAAAGGAAUAACUCAGAAACCCCUGUUCGAAGCACACAGAACACUAUAAUGGAUUCUACUUCAUUUACGCCAAGCAGCUACGUAAACACAGCGCGUGGGAGUCGUCAUUGUCAAAAGACGACUGAUACUGAGGAUAAGUUGUUCGAGGUGCUACAUGAGUUUCGCUUAGAAAUGAAAUCUCGGCUGGAUAAUCAAAUCAAAGAGUAUGGAAUGCUAAAAAAGCGGUUUGUAGCAACAGAAACUGAGUUACGAGAGGUACGAAGUCUAAUGCAGGUACUUAUAGAAAAAGCCAACAAAGUUGAUGAAUUGGAGGCUAGGAUUGAAGUUCUAAAACAGAAAAAUGAGCAACUGGAGAGCAGUCUAGUCCUUAAAAACCCGACACAAGGCAAAAAAGAUCAAACUGAGGGAUCUAAGGUAUCGUUUGUGAAUGCAGUCAAACAAAAUCUGAAGACGGUAGUCACAAAUAAUGUCGCGAGAAAAGAAUGUGUGGCCACAAAACCGACUGAACUGCAAAUACAAUCAACAACGAGUCACGAGAAUAAUUUAAACAUUAAUCAUAUUAAUACGGAUGUGGAGGAAAAAGAAACAGAAGAAGGGAAAUGGAUUACGAUGAAUAGGAGGAGAAACAGAUAUCCUAAUAGUGAGGUUAAAAGAGGCGGAAGCACAGGCACUAACGAAAUUCAAGGGACUGAGAGGAAGAAAUAUUUACAUGUUUGGCGCCUUCAGAAAGACACUAUUGAAGAAAACUUGGAAAAACACGUAAAAUACAUAUGUGGAAACGAGGUACCAGUUACUAUAGAGAAAAUAAAACACAAAACUGAAAGAGAUUACGCGUCAUUUAUUAUUGGGGUACCCCAAAUGAACAAAUUAUUGAAUGUGGCCCAAGAACAAUUGACUAAAAAUAAUCUAUCGUUGAAUGACGCCCGAUUAGGAUAUCAUUGGCCGCCCUUCCGCAGCGUGAAACAUCUUCACUUACACGCUAUAGCGCCCGCCUCUGAAAUGGGUUUUAUUUCGCGCCUUAUAUUCAGAAAGGACUCAUACUGGUUUGUUUCUAUCAAGCUAUGUGUUGGAAAGCCAUGCUUCGGCACGAAUAGGUCGGCUCGAUCGGAGCGAUACCACCACGGCCUCACAGAAAACUGGCGUGAAACAACCAUAGUUUUGUGUUUCACCGUAACAAUGGAUGACUCAGAACUCGACCCGUCAGAGCUAGGCACACAGGAGUACUGGCAGAGAUCUUACAUAAGGGAGAUAGAGAACUUUGAGGAAAGUGGAGAUAGCGGAGAAGUUUGGUUUGGUGAGGACAGUGCUGAUAGGGUGAUUGACUGGAUCUGCAACUGCGGGAUUGAGAAAGAUACUGCUGUUAUUGAUUUAGGAUGUGGCAACGGCUACACGCUGACAGAGCUAGCGAGGGAAGGUUUUACAAAUCUGACAGGAGUUGACUACUGUCAGGAAGCUAUCAUCCUUGCGGAGAAAGUCUCACAAGCGGAGUUUCCGCAUAUUAAGUACAAGGUAUUCGACAUAACCCAGGACUGCGUGAAGGAGCUAGGUAAAUUCGGCGUUGUACACGACAAAGGCACUUACGACGCGAUCGGUCUGAACCCCGAGGACCCGAAGACAUGCAGAGAAAAAUAUAUUGAACAAGUCCAUAAUAUGUUAAGCGAUGAUGGUCUUUUCAUAAUAACAUCGUGUAAUUGGACCGAAGAGGAACUAAUAAAGCAUUUUUCUGAAAAAAUGAAACUUAAGCGUGUACUACCGACACCGCAGUUUAGAUUUGGCGGGAAAGUAGGCAGCGUGGUGUCUUCUGUUGUCUUUGAAAAGAAAUGA